AUGCAAAUUGAUUGUUUGUAUUGUAUUUUAGUACAUUCAAAUAUUUUUUGUUUAGGUAUGGAUAGCCACAAUAAUUUGAAUGCUUCUCAAGAGCCAAAAGGAAGAAGGCGUAAAUGGGAAGCAUUUGAGGAAGAAGUAUUACUAUCCGUUCUUGAGGAUUUUGUUGCUCGGAAGCAACGAUGUGACACAGGUGCUUUCAAACAAGGUACUUUGAUUGAAAUAGCGAAAGCUGUCAACGUUUUAUGUCCUAAUUCAAAUAUAAAGGCAACUCCACAUAUUGAGUCAAAGUUGAAGAAAUGGAAAAAAACAUAUAGUUUGGUCUUUGACAUGAUAAACACAAGUGGAUUUGCAUGGAAUGAUGUCAAAAAGUGCGUUGAAGUUGACAGUGAUGACGCAUGGCUUUCUUAUGUGCAGAAAAAUAAAGAAGCUGAUGGAUGGAGAAGCAAACCUUUUCCACUGUACGAUAGAUUUGCAUAUAUAUUUGGAAAAGAUCGGGCUACGGGUAAUGUAGCCGAAACCCCUGCUGAAAUGAUGGAGGAACAAAGUCAUGCUCAGGUUGGUGCAAGUGAUAUUGGAGGUGAAAAUGUUGUAUCUUCAAUGAACCAACAAAGCCAACAAAGCACCCCAUCUGAAAAUAGCCAAAGAAAGAGGAAAAGAGCUAUGGGAAAUUCAAGUGAUGGAACCGAGGCAAUUAUUAGUGGACUGAAAGAAUUUUAUGUUGAAAGUGGGAAGAGGAUGCAAAUGGUAACUGAAGCUUUAGUUCAAGGUACUGCAAAUCAUACUGACAUAGCUAACGAACUUGAAGCAAUGGGUCUUUCUCCUAUGGAUCAAAUUGAUGCAUUGACUCUUAUUUUGGAAAAACCACAAAAUGUGGGAGUGUUCAGGGCAAUCAAUUCGGGACUCAAGAAAGUGUUCGUCCAAAGGCUUUUAAGCGACAAAGCAAGCGGAUGA